AUGGCAUCCAUUGCCUUUUCCAAGCUUCCUGAAAUCACCAAUGAGCCCAAUCAUCACUAUGAGGCAGGCUCAUCCCAGCGAGUUGGUCUUGCCAAAGCCAUCGAAAAGGCCAGAGCCUCGCCAGUCAGUGUACCACUUAUCGUUGGCGGCCAGGAGAUCGACACUGCUGCCAAGGGGGUGCAGUACAACCCUGCCGAGCACCAGUCAGUAGUGGCCACUUACAGCAAAGCUGGCCCUCAGGAGGUCAAGCAGGCUAUCGACUCAGCACUGGCCGCUAGAAAUGACUGGUCCUCGCUCCCGUUCUCAGAUAGAGCCACGAUAUUCCUGAAAGCUGCCGACUUGAUAUCGAAGAAGUACCGGUAUGAUGUGAUGGCUGCCACCAUACUUGGCCAGGGCAAGAACGCCUGGCAGACCGAGAUCGAUUCAGCCGCCGAGCUUGCGGAUUUCUUACGCUUCAAUGUGCAUUAUGCCGAGAAGCUGUACUCUUCCCAGCCAUCACACCACUCCCCCGGUGUCUGGAAUCGUGUCGAAUAUCGUGCAUUGGAAGGCUUUGUGUAUGCUGUUUCCCCAUUCAACUUUACUGCUAUUGGCGGGAACCUGGCCACGCUGCCUGCGCUUCUCGGAAAUGUGGUCCUAUGGAAGCCUUCCGACUUCGCCAUUGCCUCCAACUACCUCGUGUAUAAUAUUCUACUCGAGGCCGGGCUCCCUAGAAAUGUCAUCCAGUGGAUCCCUGGAGACCCUACUGAAAUCACUCAAACGGUCUUUGCCCAUCCAGAGUUCUCUGCUCUACACUACACGGGGAGCACAGCCGUGUUCCGGAAGCUAUAUGGCGAGAUUGGUCGAGGCAUUGCAGACGGCUUGUAUAAGUCCUACCCUCGCGUCGUCGGAGAGACUGGGGGCAAAAAUGCUCAUCUGAUCCAUCACUCAGCCGACAUUGAUAAUGCCGUCAUCCAUACAGUCCGCGGCGCAUUCGAGUAUCAGGGACAAAAGUGCAGCGCAACAUCACGCGUCUAUGUCCCUGCUUCCAGGGAAGCAGAGUUCAAGGAUCGGCUUGUUGCAGAGACCAAGGCCCUCUGUGUCGGAGAUCCAGCCUCGUUUGAGACAUUCAUUGGCCCCGUCAUCCAUGCUUCAGCUUUCUCGAGGCUUCAAAGGGUGAUUGAUGAGGCCGCAGCUGACAGCGAGCUCGACUUGUGGCAUGGGGGGUCUUGCGAUGACAGCAAGGGGUACUUUGUCCAACCCACAGUCUACCGGACAACAAAUCCCAAUCACAAGCUUCUAUCUCAGGAGUUUUUCGGGCCUAUCCUUGCGGUAUAUGUCUAUGAUGACGCAGAGGACAUCGAGUCAGUGUGCAAGCUUGUGGACGAGACGUCCGGGUACGGACUUACAUGUGCUGUGUUUGCCUCGGAUCGCCAGUUUAUUUCCUUCGCAGAGAAUCGUCUCCGAGAUACCUCUGGAAACUUUUACAUUAACUGCAAGAGUACCGGUGCUGUGGUUGGACAGCAGCCAUUUGGUGGAGGCCGUGCGAGCGGUACCAAUGACAAAGCUGGAAGCAUCAAUAUUCUCAGUCGAUUUGUCAGUAUGCGGUCGAUCAAAGAAGAAUUCAAUACGGCGGAGUCAGUGGUAUAUCCCAGUAAUGUAGUAUGA